AUGAUGAUGGCCCUGAAAGCUAAACUUCUGUUUAGCUUCCUCUGCCACAUGGCCUGUACCCUUGUGUAUGGCUACCCCACCGAUCCUGGGACUGAGUUCCGCUCUGCUUUCUCUGUGGCUAGAACCAGCAGCAUGGAAGGGAGCGUUGAGAUGGUCAUCACCUUUGACAAGGUCUAUGUGAACAUUGGCAGUGACUUUGAUCCCAAGGCUGGGUUGUUUAGGUGUCGGAUCCCUGGGGCCUAUUACUUCUCCUUCACGGUUGGGAAAUACCCCAAGAAAAACUUGUCUGUCAUGCUGAUGAGAAACAAGAAUGAGGUGCAAGUGAUUGUGUAUGAUGAGCAUCACCGUAAGGAGCGGAAGGUGGCUAGCCAGAGUGCCAUGCUGCAGCUGGACUAUGGAGAUACAGUCUGGCUGCGUUUACAUGGGGAUCCCAAGUAUGCCCUCUACAGCAAUGUGGGCCCAUACACAACUUUCAAUGGGUAUCUCAUCUAUCCAGAUACUUCUGCCUACUUCCAAAAUGGUGUGAUCUCUCAGGAGCUGGGGGGAGCUGCAGGGCUGCCCCAUCCAGCUAUUCAUCAACUUUCAGGAGAGCAGAACGAAGCCUCAGAGGGACACAUGUUGUCCGAUCAGCCCGCCAGAGAACGAGAUCCUCGCUCUGCAUUUUCUGUUGCUCGUUCACAAAGCCUCCUGGGAACAGAUGAGAAGCAAACCCAGCAUGAGCCAAUCACAUUUGACAUAGAGUUUGUGAACAUUGGAAGGGAUUUCAAUUCCUCAAGUGGCAUCUUCUUGUGCCGCGUGCCAGGCGCAUAUUACUUCUCCUUCACCAUUGGCAAAAUGCCUUUUAAGACCAUGUCAGUGAAACUUAUGAAAAACCACAAUGAGGUCCAGGCCAUGAUCUAUGAUGACAACCACUCCAAGAGGCGGGAGAUGCAGAGCCAGAGCAUUAUGUUACCUCUGCACUACGGAGACACUGUCUGGCUCUACAGCCACCAGCAUGAUGGCUACGGUGCCUACAGCAACCAUGGCAAGUACAUCACCUUCACAGGAUUCCUUAUCUAUCCGGAGGCUCAGCCAAAGCCACCCCCAAGUCCCAGUUCCCCCACGAGGUCAAAAAUCCAAAUGCAGGUGUGA